CAUUCAUCUGUGUAUGUGUGUGUGGCCGUAGUAAGGCAUGCGCAGUAAAGACGACUAAAACGGACGGGAUUCAAAGUUUCUGACGAGCCCCUAAAGAUGUUCGGAUUUCACAAAUCCAAGAUUUACCGCAGUAACGACGGCUGCUGUAUCUGCAAAACCAAGUCGUCAAGUUCUCGGUUCACUGACAGCAGCAGAUAUGAGGAGAACUUCAGACUCUGCUUCGGUCUGUCAGAGGAUCGAGUCGGAGACAUCUGCAAUGCUUGUGUGCUCCUGGUAAAACGCUGGAAGAAGUUACCGCAUGGAUCAAAGAAGAACUGGAACCAUGUGGUAGAUGCAAGAGCAGGACCUGGCUUCAAGCUGACCAAACCCAAGAAAGUGAAAAACAUUGAUGGAAAGAAGAAAAAUUCCGAUGCCCACAGCACCACAUCCAGUAUGUCUCCCUCUCAGUCUCCCAGUCACAGUAAUCAAUCUGAUGACGGCUCAGACAUUGAGACCAAACAGAGACGUCCAACGCCAUCUGGCUUCUCAUUCCUCGACCUGUCCUACUGGAAGAGGCAAAAGGUGUGCUGUGGGAUCGUCUACAAGGGCCGUUUCGGUGAGGUGAUCAUCGAUCCUCGUCUCUUCAAGCCCUGCUGUAACAAAAAGCGCCCCGCUCUGCCAACCUCCUCAGUCUCUCAGACGCUUCCAGAGGAUCUGAAGGAGGCCUGGUGAUCCGUCUCGUUGAGGCCCUCAUAGCUUUUUUGUCUCCAGUGGUAGACUCCGAUAUCUCCCCUAUGUUAGAUGACUUGUGUAUGAGUUCAGUCCCCCCCCACCACCCUUGCUUUUUGUAUUUUUUUAUGAACUUUUGUACAAUUUUUGUAUCUUUUUUUUAUAUAAUGGAAAAAAGGAGAAUAAUUUGGGCAUUAGGACAUAUUUAUAGGUCUCAGUUAGGACAAUUUAAUGUAAUCCUUUUUUAUCAUUACUGUAAAAUAUAUAUUUUUUUCCAUUUUGUUUUUGGAGUUACCAGUGUUUCUGUAAAUAUAAUCUUAUUUUCCAUACCAGUGCACCAAAAGACUUCUAUUUGGCAUUUAGUUUCACGGGUUACAGAUGAAUGAUGUGUAAAAAAAAAAGUGCUGUAUCUAACAUUAUAGCCAAGGCAUUAAUGAGAUGGGUGUACUUUUAAAGCAAAUACAAUAUUUUACUCCGUUUUGCAGUCUGAUUGAACUGUUGUCUAUCAUCAUCACACACGCAUACAUUUACCAAUAUGAAUUGUUUGACUUGGGCACAAUAUUCACAAUGUGAAUUCACCUCAGCUUUGGGUCUGUAAUAUGGACAUAUGCUUACGAAAUCUCCUCUUUCUGGUUUGGCAUAAAAGAUGUUUCUCGAUGUUUAAAAGAAACGGUUACGGGUCUGUAAAUCUUUAAAAAUAACCAAGAUGCAAAGCUACAUUAUCUCAGAGUAUUUAAACGGUUAUCAUUAUACACAAUAGCUUAUGAAAGCAUGCAUAAUGUAUUUGUUGGCAUGAUCAGUUUUCUGACUGUUGGUGGUGUUUGUGUUUUCUUUUGUUGUUGGAUGAGUGUUAUAAUAUUGCGUAAUAGCAGACAAUACUGAAUUUCCGACCAGGCUUUACACUGUGUUUUUUACCGCAUUUUUAAUUUUGUGUUUUUAAUAUGUACACUAAAGGUAUAAUCCAAGAUGAAAUUGUACAGUCUUUCAGCCUUGAUGUAUUGACUGCAGCCUUUUAUGUGUUCUUUUGUCUUUGGAUUGAUAUGUUUUAUAUGACAAAAUAGCCUUUUGUUUAAAGAAGCAAAAAAAAUGGUGUUUGGCAGGACUGUGGAGUUUUAAUUGGAUUAGAAGGUUAACAUUUUUGUUUGUUUUUCAGUGUAUUAUUUGAAUGAAUGUUUGUUUUUAUUCACCAGCAAUACUUUGAGUCCGCUUUACUGUCGACUCAACGCUCUUGUUGUUAAAAUGCAUGAGGGCAAAUACAAGAUGUCGAUGAAAUUUCAGGGAAAAUGUUUUUUUUAACUAUUAAUAACGGCACAUGCUCUGUCGGCGUGCCUUACCAGAGAUUUAGCUGGUCAUUUCAUUGCGUUAAUUUGUCAUUUUUAACUUAUGCUAUUUAUUCAAAGCUGUCUGUACUAUUAAUGCUGUAAAGAAGUUUUUGUGCACUUUCUUUUUUUAUACGUUUCUUUUUUUUUUUAAUAUUACCAUUGAUCAAAUUUUGUAUCGCAAUUUUCCUCACGUUGGUAUUUUCAUAAAAUUUUUUAAAAGAA